UAUUUUAUUCACUAUUUGAAGUUAUUUUAUUUUAAAUGGAAGAUAAUAGGGAAAUAUCUCAGACUAGGUCUCACCAGCAGUCAAAGACUAUUGAUUUCGGCUUCCUGAAUGUUGAAAAUCCAGCAAAGACUUAUACAUACAAGAGGAGAAUGUUUGGAAUGAACAGCAACCAGAGAUGGGUCAGCCCAGAUCAAAUUCAAGGGUCAAUGAGAGGCCUUGGUAAUUACCUUACUAAUACAUCAGAUUAUUCAAAUUACACUUCAAAGGAUAAGAAGAAGUUUAAUAAUUUCAGGCUUGGGAAAGUCUGAGAGAAUGAGCUAUCCUUAACAAAUCUAUACUCAAGAUACAAACCUUCAGAUUCAGAGGACAUUGAAUACAUUCCUUUUGAUCAAAUAAUGAAGUCAAAGCUGGACCCUGAGAAAACCUUAGAGGAAUUAGUAAUAAAACAGAAGCAGUUUAUUUCCCCAAGAUCUAAUCGGCAAAAAUCCAAAAAGAAGGAAGGAAAAGAAGUGUUGAAGAUCAAGCCUACAAAGAAAGUAAAAAGACAUGUUUUUCGGCCAAGGAAAUAUACUAUUAACUCAAACAUUCCAGGUAGUGCCAAGAACUUUUCAGGAGAGUUCUUUGGAGCAGCAAAGAAUAAGGAUCAAAAGAAAGGUCAAUUUUGUAGCCUUGUAGAUAAGGGAGAGAAACAAUACGUAGUCUUGAAUCCAAAUUACAACCCCCAGGACAUGAAGGAUCUUAAGUCAAGAAUUUAUGACACCACACAAAAUAGAUACAGGAAGAUUCUUAGUCAGAGCCCUAAAAGGGGUCAGAACAGGGUAAAAUUUAACAUAAAAUUACCGAUAAAUUCCAAAAUUAAGGAAACUCUUCCAGUAUGGAAGAAGCAUAAGGUCUUAGUGAAUAAGUCAGCAAAGAACAAAGCUGAUAAACAUAAAAAGACAAACCCCUUGAAUGAUGUAAACUCUAAAGUUAUGUAUGAAGGAGUUGAAAUUGUGGACUAUAAUGAUAUCUAUGAGUUCUUGAACUUUAGGAAGGAGACUCCUAAGAUUAGCCUAGGCCUGAUCACCAAAUUUAGAAAUAGAGAAGCACUCUCCUUUAGGAAUAGCGAAUUUGAUACCCUAACUCGUCAAAAGCCCACUCUUUCAAAAAGAAUGAGAAGGAAAUAAUACAAAGAAGAUAGAUGAUGAAUUUUUUAAUGAAUUACAAAAGCACCAAGUUGUAAAAAACAGAUGGGAGAGUCGCCUUGGAGAUAAGCUAUUACUCAUAGACAAGAUGGAUUCUUAUGAGCCACAAAAGAGGGUCAAGAGCUAUAGUCCUUUCAGAAACUAAUGAAGUAGAAUGAUAGGAU